AUGUUGGUGUCAUAUGAACCGCCCGACUCUGAGGAGCACAGGACUGGCCUCCUGCAGGUGCCCAGAACGGGGGGGGUGGGGUGUUUGGGGUUGGUGGUGGUUGUGGUGGGUUGGGGGAUGGGGGGGGGGGGGGGGGUUUGGGGUGGGGGGUGGGUGGUUGGGGUGGGGGUGGUUUGGGGGGUGGGGGUGGGGGUGGGGGGGGGGAGGGGGGUGGGGGUCGGGUGGGGGGGGUGGGGGGGGUUUGUGGGGGGGGGUUGCACAAUGGUUUGGUUGAACGACCUUUAUAAAGAUAAAUAUGAAUAA